AGGCGGUUCCUGGGGCCCUUUUCUCCGCGCCCAUUGGAGCAGACUCCAGAGCAACGUGUCUCUGUCAUGGCAGCCGCAUGCAGUCGCUCUUCCAGGCAGGUCGCAGCAGUCGGGAGAAAGUGCCUUUCUUCCCUUGUCCCCGGACUGGUGAAAUGAUUUGACAGAUGUAUUUAAAGAGACCUGCAACUGGUCUCGCCUUCUGUUUGUUCUACUUGUCUUCUUAUUUCACCAACAAGUAUGUUCUGUCUGUCCUGAAAUUCACCUACCCUACUCUUUUUCAAGGCUGGCAGACACUAGUUGGUGGAUUUCUCCUACACAUUUCCUGGAAGAUUGGCUGGACUGAGAUCAGCAGCAGUUCAAGAUCUGAAGUGCUGUCAUGGCUUCCAGCUUCUGCACUCUUUGUGGGCAUUAUUUAUGCAGGUUCCAGGGCACUGUCCAGACUGCCAAUUCCUAUCUUUCUUACCUUACACAAUGCUGCAGACGUUAUAGCUUGUGGAAUCGAGGCAUUUGUGCAGAAAGAGACCUCUAGACUAAAAAUCUGUAGAGUGCUGACUCUUCUGGUAGCAGCAGGGUGCCUUCCUUUCUGUGAUCCACAGUUUGACACAGAUGGCUAUUUUUGGGCCCUCAUCCAUUUGCUAUGCAUUGGGGCUUACAAAGUAUAUUAUAAUUCAUGGAGACCUAAUUCUCUAAGUGAUUCUCAGCAACAAUAUAUAAACUAUGCAUUCAGUGUGGUGAUGUUGGCUUUUGCAUCCCACCCAGCAGGUGAUCUCUUUAGUGCCUUGGAAUUUCCAUUCCUUUACUUCUACAGGUUUCACAGCAGUUGCUUUGCCAGCGGUCUUCUGGGAUUCCUUCUGACCUUAUAUACAAUGAAGCUGAAAAGCAACACAUCCUCAGGACAGUAUGCAGCCUGGAGUUUCCUAGCAAAGGUUAUAACAGCUGCUCUAUCCCCAUUCUUCUUCGAGAUUGCAAUGAAUGUACCAACAGCCUGUUGUCUUUUACUUGGUGGGUUUGCUGAAGCCUCACUGCUUUACAUCGAAAGGACUGGCAUAUGAAUAUAUAAGGAGAAAUUAUGAAGAAGAGAAUAACCAAGCAUUCCCAUCAGGGGUAAUAGUCAGUAACUGAAAAAUCCAAAGCAACAGCAGUGAAGAUAUGCAAACUGCAAGUGACUUAAUUCCACAUUCUUCUUUCUUCAGAGCCAUAAAAAUGUUAUUAAUAACAGUGCAGAAAGUCAGGACUCCGUUAACCUUUAUACUAGCCAGGCUAAACUAAAUUGUGCAGUAUCAACUAUACUAGAUCCACUACCGUAAAACCAUCUGGGCAUGCACUGCUGUAAGAAAGGUGCUUAUCCUGCCCCCUUUCCAACCUUACUUCGAGUUCUGCACCAUUCAGAAUUUGACGGCUGUCCCUUUAUCACAAUAUAAAUUAUAGGACCGUAGUCUCACUUGUGAAGGGAGAAUGGAUAAGCUUCUUGGUCUGUGGCAGAUUUCCAGGUGUAUCUGGGUACAGGGAAGACUUGGUAGUAUUUUGUGCUCAGUCUGGGACAUGCAUUGCCCAAGUAGUCAUACACAACUCCAGUGAAACAUGAAGAAACAAAACCACGUGGGUCUGCUCAGAAAGAAAACCUGUUUAAUGGGAUUUGCUCCUGUGUAAAUGCGUAAGGGUUGAAAUGUGAAUCCACUGCGGAAAUCUGUUUGUAUGUGCAUGCAGAGGAAGAGGGCGCACUUUCUAUGUGUUCUUGAGUGUGGACACAGACAAGCACAAUGUCCAACAGCGCAAUCGGACGUGUCUUUUCAGAACCAAAUCCUAUUGAAUAGUUGUGUCAUGAUUGCAGCAGGAGGUGGCUAAUUUUUGUUCCAUGAUUAUAAGCAAUUCCUACUGAGCCUUAAGCAUGAGCAUUUUGAAGAUUGGCACUUGGGAGUAUCUACAUGAAAGCACAAGCAAAGCAACUGUUUCUGCCAUACCUUGCAAAUAGGUACCAGUUCUGCAGGUGUUCUUGUCAGAGUUUCCAUUCAGUUUAAGGUUAUCAACCAGGUAGCUGAUGAUCCUCCAUUGAUGUAUAGCACCAGAACAGCUGUAUUUUUUGUGGAACACUUCUUCUGUAUGUUUUUAAAAACAAAAUUAGGCUGAGUGACCUUAUUCACUGUGAAAAUAAUACUGUAACCAGCAUAGAUUUGGUAUACCCUCUUAUAAGAUGGAAGUAUCACAUUCAAUUAUUCUGUCUGCAUAAAAAAGCUAAGAGAUGUUUAGUUCAAGCUUUGGACUGCCCCCCCUUACCCCAAAUAUCUGAAAACCAGAAACCACAAUCUGAUGUGUGUUCAUGGACGCUGGAAAACUCAGCUAAAAGAAAAGAGUACCUUGAAAUGAUAACUGAUUAGCACAAGGCCAUGUUGAAUGUAAAGUAACUGAGUAGUAAAUCUUAUUUGCAUUUUUCAA